CGAACACAAUCCACGAGCAUUCCCAUCUCUCAACUUCGAGGAACGAUCAAACGAUAUUGAUUCCCCUAUACGAUCUAAUCUGUCUUUGGACCCACGAUCUUAGAGCUCCUCUGCUUUGGAAUCGGUGACCCAACAUACGAUCGGACCUCAUUCGCACCUCAACCACACCUCUUCACAUUCCGCUUUGCCCAUCAUGUCUCUCCGUGUCGCACCUCCGGCAACGCACCCAACCAGCACCUCGAACACAAGCGCCUCCAAGCUCUCCGCGACGAGCACCAAGCCCAAAGACGCCCUCGACCGCGGCGCCCCCUCGGCCCCGGGCCUGCACGACACCCUCCGCGCCUCGCUGUACCCUCAAUCGACGCCGAGCACGCAGACGGUGACGUCGUCGCACCCACUGGAAUCCCGCCUGGCGAACUGGCAAGCCACACAGGAAGCGACGCGGCUGCAGCUCCUGCGCCGGAACUUUGGCAUCGCGGAGCCGCUGCGCCGGGGCAUGGAACUCAAGAUGGUGCGGGAGGCGGACUCGUUCCGGCCCUCCGUGCUGGGCAGGCCGGCGGGCGUGCACGAGGAGAUCUUGACGGGGCGGGACGCGGAGAUCACCUGGGAGGAUGUGUAUGCCGGGCAGGACGGGAUGAGAUUAGCUGUCCAGGGCGGGGACGGACAAGGCACUGGGUGGAUGGAGGAGAUGGAGCGGAAGGUCGGGAUGGGCAAGUGGUGAUCGUGGCCGGAUGCCGUUGAGGCCAGUCUUGUGAGCCGAGAAGAAAAAGACCAACAGGAAGAAUGGAACUCGAAGAAACAGAGUCGGCCUCCGUCUGGCUUUUCGACACUGCCCAAGCUUGCGAACGGGAACAAUGCGCUCCAUACUCGGCGGGCAGUGUAUACCUUUCCAUUCUCGUGUGGAAACCAAUCGGUAGGUGUACGGAGUACCGGCGCACUGGGACGGGAAUACCCCGAAAGAGAGAAAAGACAAGAAAACCAAAGAAGGAUUCCUUUUGCACGCAUGUGUGCAAAGCAAUAUACCUCAUCAAGCCUGGGGUUCAAGGAGAAAGUGUCUAUCUCAAUUGAGCCCAACUUAGCAUCCCGUCCAGCUACCCUUCUAUACCUUCGUCCCUCUAGCAAUCCAGGCAACUGUCCAUCGAUGCACGUAUCCAUCAUUCCAGGCAUAUGCUCUCGGGAGUUUCUACAGCGUGCACAUCUCGGAGUGCACAUCCUCAACCCCUCCAGAUCGAGUCUGCGGUCACUAGCCAGCUAUGGAUGUGUAUAUCACUCGCUCGAUAUCCUCCACUUGUGCCAGAGGAACGGAAAGCCAGGCUCAAGGACAUACAAGACGGGCACAUAAGUAGGCUACCACUCUACGCGAGGGCGAUUGCGUGCCAGGUUAUCCCAGUGCCGUCGUCAAAGUGAGGUAGGCGCUCAGACGGUUGAGAACCCUAUCGAAUGGCACAUACUGUAGCAGUAUUAGCG